AUGCCAGACGUUGAAGCCCACAUUGAUAGCUCCAGCUUGCGACCAUACGUCAAGCCCAUCAAAGAGCUCCCAGAUCCUACCAUAUCGUCCCCAAACGUCCCAAUAAACAUUAGUAGAUCCAAUCCUACAUCUACACCCACCAGCGCCACAGAAAUGGAAAACCCAGACAUGAGGGAAUCUCUUCACCCCUUCGAUCCAACGACGGAGGGGGUCACAACCACCGGUCUUGAAAACGCUCGCAAAACCCUUAUCGGACUGAGCUUGGGGAUUAUCAUCAUACUCAUCCUGUUGGGGGCUGUCACCGGUUUGAUGGUCAUGAAGCACAGGAGAGCUAGGGCGAAGGACUUGGAGGCUGCUGCUGAGGCAGCAAUAGCAGCAUCUGAAAAUGGAGGGAAGAGUGAUCCGGAUGUAGUUUCUCCUGCACCACCGAGGUAUUCCCUGGAGGAUCCUGCGGCUGUAGGAGUGGUGGCGCUUCCUCCUGGUUAUUUGGAGGCUAGAAAGAGCGACGAGAAACGGGAACAGAGUUCUGAGAAUUCUACGGUGGAGGAGGAAAAGACGGACACUAAAGUUAAGAAAAACGGGAGCUUGAGGUCAAGCCCUGUGAGGAACAUGAGGAUAUUGGUCUAA